AUGUUAUUAAUUAAUAAUAUUAAUAAUGAAAAUAUUACCUUUUCAAAUCGACCAUUAUUUAAUUACAUUAAUAUUUCUCCCCAAGUACCAUCACGUUUUAUCAAGAAUAUGAUAGAAACACUAAUUAAAAAGGAAGAUAAAUAUGUAAUUGUAAAGAUAUCAAGUAUAUUUAUUUAUUUGAAUACAACACAACAUUUAUAUCAAUAUCCGGGUGCAUUAACUUGUUUUUCUCAGAUCUGUGUCUUAACAAUUAAUAUUCUUAAUGUAUCUUCAACAUUAUUAUUUGGAAUGGCAAAAAUUUGUAAAAAUGUUGAGGAUCUAACAAUACUAUAUUGUGAUGGAGAUAUUCCAGGAUUAAAUAGAUUUAUUGAUGUUCAAACAAAAUUGAAAUCAUUAAGAUUAGAAUUAAUAAUACUUCAUAACAGUGAAAUACUUUAUGAUGGGAGUGUAGAAAUGAAAGAAUGGGAAAAAUAUUUAUCAAUUUCUUCUUUCCCAAAUCUUCAACAUCUUGAAACUACAUAUUUACCAUUUUAUAAUGAUUAUAUGUUAAUUGAAAAAUCUAAUGGUAGGAUUUUAGAAAUCAAUAUAGCAUCUCAAGAACCAGAUUAUAUUCAUACCAAAAAAUUAAUUAAUAGUGUUGUUAAAUAUUGCCCAGAUCUUGAAAUGAUAAAUCUCUCAUUAUAUAAUGAAAAUAACCAAAAACUUUAUGCAAAAUUUAUUUUAGUGAAGAAUGGAUUUUUUACUAUUAAUGGAUCAAAAUCUUUUUUUGAAAAUUGGAAAAAUUGGAACAUUGAGACUGUAUUUGCAUUUUAUAAAGUUCUACUUACAGAUGAACAUAAUAAAGUAUUAUUAGCAAUUUCCAAUUUUAUUGUAAUUAUGACUUAA